AUGUCUAUCCCAUACAGCAAGCUUCCUCCCUCUGCAAAGAUCUCCCCGGAUCCAUUCCAUGUAGACAUUCCGGAUGAGAACAUCUCCGAAUUCAAAGCGCUGGUGAAGUUGUCUAAGCUUGCACCACCUACGUACGAAGACUUGCAACAGGAUCGUCGAUAUGGAGUUACAUCAGACUGGCUGAACACCAUGCGAGAGAAGUGGUUGAAUAGCUAUGACUGGAGAGAGACUGAAACUCGGAUCAAUGGCUUUCCUCAGUUCACAACCAAGAUUGAGGAUGUCACACUGCAUUUCGCAGCCUUGUUCUCCGAGAAGGCAGACGCGAUUCCCGUGAUUCUGCUUCACGGAUGGCCUGGAAGUUUCCUUGAGUUUCUCCCUAUUCUCAAGUUGUUCAAGGAGGAAUACGCUCCCGACACAUUGCCUUUCCAUUUGAUUGUUCCAUCACUCCCUGGCUAUGGAUUCUCCUCCGGUCCUCCCUUGGACAGAGAAUACACGAGUUUUGACGUUGCCCGCGUAUUCGAUCAAUUGAUGAAAGGUCUCGGAUUUGAAGCCGGUUAUGUAACCCAAGGAGGAGACAUUGGAAGCCGGUUGUCGAGGGUGCUUGCCGUGGAGUUUGAAAGCUGCAAAGUGAAUUUCUGUACCAUUCCACGCCCUCAGGGCUCGACAGAUGAGAACCUGACCGACACUGAGAAGCGAGGAGUUGAGAGACUGGAUAAGUUCAUGACAACGGGUACUGCGUAUGCGAUUGAACAAGGCACUAGACCAAGCACUAUUGGCCAUAUACUGUCGACCAAUCCUAUGGCUUUGCUGGCGUGGGUUGGUGAGAAGUUCUUGGAUUGGGUGGAUGAUCCUCUCCCAUCGGAAACGAUCCUGGACUUUGUCUCGUUGUACUGGUUCACUGAGACGUAUCCGCGGGCCAUCUAUUUCUACCGCGAGGACUUCCCACACAGAAGAUUCACAUCUGAGUUGAAUGGCCGGUACUUCAUCCAUAAACCAUUUGGGUUCUCCUAUUUCCCCAAGGAACUCUACCCUGCCCCCAGGCCCUGGAUAGCCACUACAGGGAACUUAGUCUUCUUUCAGGAUCAUCAGAAGGCAUGGACCUCGAUCCCUUUUAGAAGUUUCCAGCUGACCAAUUUCACGCAGGGUGGCCAUUUUGCGGCGCUUGAGCGGCCACAGGACCUGAAGAAAGAUUUGACGGAGUUUAUCGAGCAGGUUUGGCCAGGUAUUGCACCCUCCAAGUAG